AUGACUAUAGAAAAGACUACUCACACUAGAAUUACAAGAUCAAGAGGUGGUUGUUUAAGUUGUAAGAAGCUACGAAUAAAAUGUAACGAGGUUAAGCCGAUUUGUGAAUAUUGUGAACAUACUGGUAGAGAAUGUAUUUACUCCAUACCGAAGCCAGUAAAGACUAAAAGAGGUGGACGAACUCCAAAAUCAAAUUCAAGAACAAGAUCCUCAGAUCGCACCUUGUUUGAACCUCCAACCAAUAAAGCGAGAAUAGAAAUACUCGACUCAUCUUCAUCAUCUUCUGAUAACACAAGCUGUACAGGAACACCAGUUUCGUUCGAUCCCUCAAGUGUACUAUAUGGGCCUACUUCGCCAAUCCUUGAUAAAGUAUUAAACUAUAAUGCUGUAUCUAAUUACAGAAAAUCCCACAGCUAUCCGACAGAAUUUGAUGAAUUAACAAGAACUUUAAUACUAAAUCAAACAUCAACAAUGUUGGGUAUUACAAAAUUUGAAUUGAGAUUACUCAAAUUUUUUGAUAGCGAAUGCAUUCAACUAUUUAGUUAUGGAGUUAAUGAAUGUAUAUAUAAUGCAUGGAAAUAUAAAGUGCCAAAUUUAUUUAUGCAAAGUGAUUUGGUAAGACAACUGAUAUUUGCAUUUAGUGCCAUUGCUUUAAGUACUACCUUGGAAUUAGAUAUUGUUCAAAAUCAAGAUAAUUCAAAUAAAACUAAUUUUAUGACUCUGAAGAAUUGGAAUCAUGAUAUGGCCUUAGAUUCCAAAGAUAAUAUUUAUUAUCAGACAACUUAUAACUUUUUGGAUACUUUGAGCAAAGCAAGUGCUAAAAUUGAUGAAUUGAAAGUAGUACCUAAUUCAUUUCAGGAUCCUAUAGUGGCUAAAGAAUUAGUUGUUUCAAGUAUUUUAAUAUUUUCAUUUUUAGGAGUACAACCACAUAAAUUAAUUAAGUUGAUAAGUUUCAAUAAGGACGAGGAAGAAGUAGACAUGAUUAGAAUAUCUGGUGGAACUAGAGAUACCAUUUUAAACUGUUCUACAGCAGUUGCAAAUUCCGAUUUAGCAGGAUUAUUAUUUUUCAGAGUAGAAGAGAUGAGAUCAAGUCCAACAUCUAAGGAUUGUGGAUAUCCAAUUAUAAAUUAUUUAUUAAAUGAAUUGUAUGUAUUUUCAGAUCUGUUGGAUUUAAGUUUUAAAUCCUCACAACUCGAAGAGAUUUUUAAAACUAAUAUUGAUUAUUUAACCAGAGCUAUGUAUGGAAGUCGAUACUACAAGUUUCCCAUACCAUUGUUUAGAUACCUUAUGGUCAUUACCGAAGAUUUCAAAGAUUUAUUAUAUAAAAAACAUCUGUUUGCAUUGAAAAUUUUAUUUGUUUACGCAAGUUUAGCUUCUAUAGCUAGAUUUCAAAUGUAUAAUGACAAUAACAUUUGGAGAGAUCACUUGAUAUGGUAUGAGAAAGAGUUUGGUUUAAAUAGUGAGUUGGAACGGAGCUUGUUUCAUUUAGUGGUAGACAAACAUUUCAUGUUUGUUGAGUUUGAGAGUUUACCAUUUUUUGAUCCGAUUAAAGAGUGUCAGAAUUAA